AUGGAGACGUUCAUGGAAACGUUCAUGGAGACGUUCAUGGAGACGUUUAUGGAGACGUUUAUGGAAACGUUCAUGGAAACGUUCAUGGAAACGUUCAUGGAAAUGUUCAUGGAGACGUUCAUGGAGACGUUCAUGGAAACGUUCAUGGAGACGUUCAUGGAAACGUUCAUGGAGACGUUUAUGGAGACGUUCAUGGAGACGUUCAUGGAGACGUUCAUGGAAACGUUCAUGGAGACGUUCAUGGAAACGUUCAUGGAGACGUUCAUGGAGACGUUCAUGGAGACGUUCAUGGGGACGUUGAUGGGGACGUUCAUGGAAACGUUCAUGGAACGUUCAUGGAGCAAAUUAAACAGUAAUCUCAAAAUACAUAUUUCCAUUUCCUGCAAGAUAGUAAGUAAAGUCUGUUUGUUUCUUCUUCUCCUCUUUCUCCUCGUUGUUUCAGACUGUGGGGAGAAGAUCACUCUGUGUAUCUCUGUCCUCCUCUCCCUCACCGUCUUCCUGCUCCUCAUCACGGAGAUCAUCCCUUCCACCUCCCUGGUCAUCCCUCUGAUUGGAGAAUAUCUCCUCUUCACCAUGAUCUUCGUCACUCUCUCCAUCGUCAUCACCGUGUUUGUCCUCAACGUCCACCACCGCUCCCCGGGGACCCAUAAGAUGCCUCGCUGGGUCCACUCUGUCUUCCUGGACCUGAUCCCCAGGUGGCUGUUCAUGAGGCGGCCCGCGCCGGACGGACGGAGACGCAGGUUGUUGAUGCUCCAGCAGGGGGCAGCGGUGGCACGGCACCAGGGACGGACCAUUAACCCCAGACCAGCAGGCCUUCCUCCCUUCCUCAGCACCUCAGCCAGCUGGCUCCGGGACGGAGGAGGGACAACAGAGGACCUACAAAGACGGACCCUUUGUUAUGAGGACCUUGAGCUGGGGGAGCUGACGUCUUACUUCUCCUUCCGUCCUCCGUCACCCAGACCUCCGGGCUCCACCCCUCCGCCCCAGCAGAACCAUCCACACCCAGGGGCAGGGCAGCCUCAUAACCGCCUGGAUGGAGGAGUUGAAGGAGGAGGAGGUGGAGGUGGGGUGAAUAGAAGGUUUAACCCGACCCAGCGACCGGCUAACUUGGUGUCAGACUCCAGAGAGAUAGAGUUCCCUCUGUCUCCCAGCGUGAUACGUGCUCUGGAGGGACUGCACUAUAUCGCAGACCACCUGAGGGCAGAGGACGCAGACUUCAGUGUGAAGGAAGACUGGAAGUACGUUGCGAUGGUGAUCGACCGUAUCUUCCUGUGGAUGUUUAUCAUUGUGUGUCUCCUAGGAACCAUUGGACUCUUCCUCCCUCCCUGGCUGGCUGGCAUGAUAUAGGACCUGAACUCUUCCUUCCUACCUGGCCAGCAUGAUAUAGGACCUGGACACUUCCUCCCUCUCUGGCCAGCAUGAUCUAGGACCUGGACUCUUCCUUCCUACCUGGCUGGCCAGCAUGAUAUAGGACCUGGACUCUUCCUUCCUACCUGGCCAGCAUGAUAUAGGACCUGGACUCUU